GGAAAUUCUUAAAAGUCUACCCUUUAAGUCGUCCUCUUGGCUUCUUGUAAUAAAACCUUGAGUUCGAAUCAUUCCAUUACCACAAAGAACUCAAUUUUCUUCAAGCAUGGACGUUGAAGCUCAGGAGACCCCUUUACUUCAAUGGAAGCCCGAUGAUUAUGGAGGUGUUAAGGUGAACUUGACAGAGCCAAUGACUACUGAGGAUUUUGUCCCAAAGCUGAGGGCUUCACUUGUGGAAUGGAGGAAUCAGGGGAAGAAGGGAAUAUGGUUAAAGCUUGCUGAUGGGCUUGAGAAUCUUAUUGCACCUGCCAAAGCGGAAGGGUUUAAAUACCACCAUGCUGAGAGUGAUUACUUGAUGCUUGUAUCUUGGCUCUCAGACUUGCACAACACUAUUCCUGCUAAUGCUUCUCAUCGUAUUGGGAUUGCUGCUUUUGUCUUAAACAGUAACCGAGAGGUGCUCGUUGUCCAGGAGAUUGGCGGUCCUUUCGAUGGUACAGGAGUGUGGAAACUGCCUACCGGUGUUAUUAAAGAGGGAGAGGGUGUGUGGGCUGGAGCAGAAAGAGAAGUGGAAGAAGAAACUGGUAUUAAGACGACAUUUAAAGAAGUUCUAGCUUUCAGGGAAAGCCACAAAUCAUUCUCGGAAAAAAGAAAGACGGAUAUAAUGUUCCUCUGUGAGUUGAACAUGAAACCAGGCACUUUUGAAAUCAAGAAAGAAAAGACUGAGAUCUACGCUGCUAAGUGGAUGCCGAUUGAGGAAUAUGUAAACCAACCCUGGAACCAGGAGAAAGAGUUGUUCAGGUUCAUGGCUAACAUCUGCUUGAAGAGAUCGCAGGAGAUGGAAUAUGUGGGUUUCUCCACUGUCCGCACAACAACUUCAACUGGUAGGGAGAGUUAUCUUUACUGUAACACUGAUCAUGCCAACCUCCUCAACGCAACGCGUGGCCCAGCCUCCACCUCCACUCCCACCUCUCGUUGAAAAACCACUCUUCAGAACGUGUUUUCUGUUUCUUUGUUUCAUGUCUAUUGUUCAAUAAGGCACCAGUCUUGCGUGUUUAAAGACUGGAGACUUGCCAUAUGUAAUUUACCAUAUCCUCACUACAACAUCAUAUGUAAUAUCUCUUUAGCCUGCAAAAAGAGUUAUCUUUCCCUUU